AUGAGCUCCAAUCUGUCCGUCCCGGAGCAGAUCCGACAGCUCAAUGAUGCGCGAAAGCUGGUGCUUGGCGAUGUUAAGUAUUAUCCGAGUGUUGUGAGAGGUCUUCUUCCGAUCAUUGGUCCCAAUGCGCACAUCGAGCUUCGACGAUGGGGGGCCGAGUUUUUGGCAGAGGCGUUUUCAACGCCUGCGCUGCCAAAUGGGGAGAAGGAGACGAUGCAGUUGUACGUGCUGGCGACCGUGGAGUCGCUUCUGGAGAAUGAGAGGGAGGACCCUCAGGUUUUGCGGAGUGUUAUUCAGACAGCAGCCAGUAUUUACCCGCUUGCAUUGCGGUGGAUAAUAAAUAACGGAUACGAUACGGUCACAUGGGACAAGAUGUUGAGCAUUAAACAGAGAAUACUGCGACUAUGGGAAAACGCAGUCCCUUCGGUGCGAAUCAGCUGUAUAAAGUUCGCCCAAAGAGUCGUUCUUGCGCAGACCGUCUCAACGGGUGCUGAAUAUCGACAUGCUGGAACUCUUGAUGUCUCACUAGACAAGGUUCCCCCUAAUCAUCAGUCGCUCGAUCCUAGAAAUCUCGAGGCUGAAGCUUCCGGACUUCUUGAUCGUAUGCUUGGCGUUUUACAGGAGAGCACUGACGCUCUCGUUGUUGACGCUACACUCAACUGUCUGUCAAUCCUUGUACGAACCAGACCUGCGACUUCCAGCCGAAUUAUCAACGCCCUUCUUAGCUUCAACCCCCUACAAUUAGCAAACUCUCCAUUGACACCGAGGAGUAAAGUCAUGAUAAAGUCCAUGGAGAAGACUGCGAGAUUAUUACUUUUGCAUCUCACCAAGCGGGAUCCUCAUAAUCCCAUUGUACCGAGGAUACACCAACACAUUGAACGUACCAUGCGCAUGGUGAUGGAAGUCUUGGACGACUCUGGCAGAAAGCGACCACUAGAUGCUCAACAACAUGACGGCUAUGACGCCAAACGACAGCGAGUAACUGGGUCACAUAUCCCACAAAUCCCAUCCCUUGGGCCUGGGCCACACAGCUUGGCCGAUAUAUUUACACUCGUAGGCCACGAUGGUUUAAAGUCGUUUGACUUGUCACAGGUCCCGGCUGCCAUGGUAGCAAAGGUUACUGUCACUGCAUUGUCACGAAUAGACCCUCAAUUAUUGUCCAAGGCCGUUGACGGCGUUCGGGCAAGGCUGACUACAUUAGCUAAUGCUCCCGCUCCGGAAUUAAACCCCAAUACUGCGCCGCUGGGUGUCGAUGACGACGAUGACGACUAUGAACCUGAUUUCUAUCAAGCGGAAGAUACCGAGCAAAUUCUGAACAAGCUGGACGGUGCAUCGCCAUCACUACCCUCGGAACUGACUGCUCUGGAUGGCGGACUGUCCCUUACAUCAUUCAGCUUACCCCAACCGCCCCAGCUUACACCAGAAUUGGCGCUGAGCGCUGGAAGCGGAACCGUAGCAAAGGUGGUUGACAUGAUGAAAUCACUGGAGGAACCCGCCGCGAAGAAGAACAAAGCCGGUUUCAUCCGAUUGGCAGCCAGCUCAGGGAGCAAAGAUGCCUGGAUGACCAUAUUGACUCGACUUGCAACACGAGCUUCCACUGGAUUGGAGGAAAUUUCUGUCAAAGGAGAGGAAGACGAAUCAUUACGACAACCGUGUCUAAGCAGCAAUAUUCGAGAAGUCCUGUAUAACUACGUCAUGGAGGAUUUUCGAAAACAUAUCGAUGUCGCUGUGUCAUGGCUCUGUGAGGAGUGGUAUAAUGACAAAAUGCAAGCUCGAUUGGGCGGCGAUCACCCAAAGAAUUACGAGAAGAAUACAUUGCGACUGAUAAAUGGGUUUCUUCCGUACCUACACCCGCAAGACAAGAUCUUGACAAGAUUCCUAAGCGAAAUACCGGAGCUUAAUCGUGCAAUGCUUUCUAGAGUCAAGGACAUGUGUCGGGACCCUAGCGUCACGCAACUGGCCCUGACGAGUUUGCUGUAUCUGGCGAUGAUGCGACCUCCUGUGAAAGAACUAGCCCUCGACACUGUACAGGAUAUUUGGACGGAAUUCGAGGAUGCCAGACCAAUGGCGGGCAAGUACUUGUCCAAGUACCGGCCUGGAUUCGUGGAGGCGGCCGAAGCCAAUGCCAACAGAGACAACUCCGGUUUGGAAUCGUCAGGAACGGCCAUUGCAACAUAA